CGGAGGCUGACGUGGAGUCAACAGCGCGGGCGGCCGCGGGAGGCGGCGGCGCAGCGGCUCGGAGGCGCCGGGCCCUCUCGGGGCCGCGCGGGGCCCGGGCGGCGGCGGCGACGCGACGUCGCGAGGAGGAGGAGGCGGAGGGGGUCCAGGAGGCCGGCCAGCGCAUGGAGGAGGAGGCCAUGAACGGCGACCGGACUGAGAGCGACUGGCAGGGGCUGGUGAGCGAGAUAAGGAAACAGUGGCUCAGACAGGCUAAGGAACUUGCACAGAGCCUCACAUCUGUACCUAGUGUGUAAGAGGAAGCUGGAGAGUAAGAAGGAAGCCCUGCUGAUCCUCUCCAAGGAGCUGGACACCUGUCAACAGGAAAGGGACCAGUACAAACUCAUGGCCAAUCAGCUCCGGGAGCGCCACCAGUCACUGAAGAAGAAGUACCGAGAGCUGAUUGAUGGAGAUCCAUCACUUCCUCCUGAAAAAAGGAAACAGGCUAAUCUUGCACAACUAUUGAGAGAUUCUCAGGACCGAAAUAAACAUCUGGGAGAAGAAAUUAAAGAACUUCAGCAAAGGCUUGGAGAAGUCCAGGGCGACAACAAGCUCUUGAGGAUGACGAUUGCCAAACAAAGGCUCGGAGACGAAGAAAUCGGCGUGCGACACUUUGCAGCCCAUGAGCGUGAAGACUUGGUGCAGCAGCUAGAGCGAGCUAAGGAACAGAUUGAGUCUCUGGAGCACGACCUGCAGGCUUCUGUGGACGAACUUCAGGAUGUUAAAGAAGAACGGUCUUCCUACCAGGACAAAGUGGAGAGGCUCAACCAGGAGCUGAACCAUAUCCUGAGUGGGCACGAGAACCGCAUCAUUGACGUGGACGCCCUGUGUAUGGAGAACAGGUACCUUCAAGAGAGAUUAAAGCAACUCCAUGAAGAGGUCAACCUCUUGAAAUCAAACAUUGCCAAAUACAAGAAUGCUCUGGAGAGACGGAAAAACUCGAAGGGCCAGGGUAAAUCCAGCAGCAGUGCUCUGACAGGAGUCCUGUCUGCAAAGCAAGUUCAGGAUCUGCUAUCUGAGGAUCAUGGAUGCAGCCUCCCAGCUACUCCACAGUCCAUUUCUGACCUGAAAUCUCUGGCAACAGCCCUGUUGGAAACAAUCCACGAGAAAAACAUGGUCAUUCAGCACCAGAGGCAAACCAACAAAAUCCUAGGGAAUCGGGUGGCUGAGCUGGAAAAAAAAUUAAGAACUCUGGAAGUUUCUGGUUUGUGGAGUCUUCCAGGGGGCAAGGACACCAUACUGUUCAGCGACCCCACUCUUCCUAGUGGACAGAGGUCGAGAUCCCCACUGCUGAAGUUUGUCGAGCAGCCCACUGAGAACAAAGCAGAUCCCAAGGAUGGGGAGGCUCAGAAGCAAGAAGAAGAUGAAAGUUGUGCCGCUGCUGAGGCGUUGACAGCGCCUGAGGAUGCUGGGAGGCCCGCUGUCAACUCCCCAGCAAAUCAGAGCCGCGGGAACCAAUGCAAGCUCUUUCAUCCUUCAUUACCCCAGUUACCUUCUGAGGAAGAAGUAAACAGCCUUGGAAGGGAAAUAAUGAAACUGACAAAGGAACAGGCAGCUGCAGAACUGGAAGAGGUCAGAAGAGAGAGUCCCAUAGAGGGUCAGAGGAGUGAGACGGGGCCAGCCCCGCCAGGCCUGGCCAUCCAGGGGGAGCUCCCUAAAUCUCACCUGGACUCCUUCGAGGCCAGCCAGCCAGCAGCCAAAGCUUCCACACCGGAAGACGGCAAAGGGAUCCCAGAGGGCGGAGGCAUGAGGAGCACCGUGAAAACCUGAAGGGGAGAGGGAUCUGACACAAUGACACAUUGAAAGCCCCAGAGAGGGUCAAGAAUGAAGCAUCGGAAUGGCGCGCUCACGUCGCCUUCUCCUGAAAUACCUCCGAGUCUGCAAGUGAGAAAACGCGCUGAUCCUGUUGCAAACUGUGAAUAUUCUGAUGAUGCCAGUACAGUUUGAUUUAUUAAAUGUAGGUCCUCAAGCUUCUCAGUGUCAUCUCUUUUCUGCCAGAGAGUGCUACUGUGAACAGGGCCAGGCCCAGGAAUCGUGUCCACCAUAUGGCUGGUUUUCAGCAUCCGUCUUUCUGUCAGCUUUUGUUUUAUCAGAGAUAAGAUGUUUUUGUAUUAGCAUUUAAUGUUGUCAAUCAAAAUUAUGGGAAGAGCUAGAAACUGAUGGGGUUUUUAUUCAGGUCCCCAUCUUGGUCAAGGUUAGGCAGCUGGAGAGGAAGGUGUAAUUGAGCGGAACGUGUCCAGAGGACCCAUGGCUGCACCCCAUCAAGUCAGGGCCCGGUAGGACUGCCUGGCAUGGGUGUGCUUGGCAUUGUGCCCACAGCACUGCUGUCGUGGUACAGACUGGCAGUUGGAAGGGGCCUUAAGCAGGCUGAGAAGUUUGGGCUUCUGGGUUGAAAUCCACGGCCCCGGUUGAGGCCUGUGUGCUGAGUGCCAGAGCUGGAGUUUUCUAGCUUGUAAAUCUGGAGAAUUAACUGAUCUGAAGUGAUUGGGAGGGGUGAGCAUAAAAGCCGGGGAACAGGACUCCCAGUGGUGGUCUGGUUUUUUUGUGAGAUGAGAUGAGAGCUACCACCUGGAAAUGCUCAUUCUCUGCAUUCAGCCUGUCUCACAUACAGGAUUGUAUGGCCAUUUCAGGUUUGGGAAAGAUCUACCUGCUGGGAGCCAGUCUAGUUUCCUGCACCACCUGCAACUUCCAAACCCUUCACUCCUUCAACAGAAUGUUGAGGCUGCCUCAUUUGUGCCACCAAGUAUGGGAAUCUUAAAGACAGAAACAGAGCUCAUGACCUUUUAUGGGAAAGAGAGAGGAAAACAAAACAACUUCACAACAGCAUGGCAAGGGGGGAUGUGGAACCAAGGACAUGAUCCAGGGAUGGGAAAGGAUGGCAUGCUCAAUUCUAGCUGGUUCUUUCCUUUCAGAUAAAAAUGAGCUUUUCUAGUUGGCAUCCGGCACUGCAGAAAACUAAAAGUCAUCCAGCCAUAGCUUUUUCCUUCCCUGGAAAGCCUGAGACUAGAUCCCAAAGCUCAGAAUGCCUCUGAGAACCAGAAUCACUCCUUUGAGAGGCUCUCCUUGCAGGAAAAAGAGAGGCUCCCAGAGUGGUAGCCUCUCAGUGAAAAUGCAUCCUAAAAAUUCAAUGUUUAUACCAGGCUCAUGACACUAAGAUGUGACAUCUGGACACGAGGGGUCAGCCACGUGGAUACAUCCCUCCCAGAUUGCAUCUCCAGGAAUCACUCUGCUAGCAGAAUGGGCGCCCCAUCCCUUACUAUGCUGCUCCUCCUCAAAGUGCAGCCCAGAAGGACCCAGGCCUUUGAUGCACACUGGGUGAGCCUCCCACUACUUCAGUUGAAAUGGGAGCAUGCUGGAGUCAGCGUUCUGUUGCUUCUGGUGAGAAGGACAUCCCAUUGACCCCUGGCCACCGGGUCCAGUAUUCCAUCCUUCCUUCUGUCCCAGCCUAUCGCCCUCCCCACCAGGCCCACCCCCACAACUUCUCCUCAAGGGAGGUUGCUCCCGCAGCUGGAGGGCUUGCACAGACCAGCAGUCACAGAAAUCAUUCUUCCUGCUGUACUGGGCCUUAACUGCCUGCAAAUGUCCAGCACUACUGCAUAGGAUGCCAGAGCCACCGAAGGAAAACACAGCCAAGUUUAAUAUAAUAAUAAUAAAAGGAAAAAUCUCAGCCUGCAGAACUCUGGUUUUGACCCACCAUCGGCCAGAUGCACAUCUUCAGGGCCUGUUCAGCACCUUCUGAAAAGCAGGGCUCGUAAUAGACUCCAGCACAUUCCAUCAGAGUCAGGAAAACUGCGGUGAGUCCCAGAGAAUCUAGGGUGCAGGGCAGGGAGCAGGAGUCAUAAGGAGUGAUAACCUAAAUUGUGUAGUCAGCGGGGAGGGUCUUAUGUUAUUAGGUGAAAUGAGAGCCAGUAAGUUAGUUGAUCCUGUCACAGAUAUAACCCUGAUAACACCCCAUAGAUACGCGACACGUAUGUCCUGCCCCUGCUUUCCCCAUCCAACAUGGUUCUUCUGUUCCACAGACAUUAAAGGGGGUUUCUGCAAUUA